CCGGCAAAAGCGAGACUUUGCCGUUAUCGUGGCAUCUCUGACCAUCACGCAACCGGACUGGACCCCAGCCUCAAGAAGAGAACUGUGUUAUUGAAUCGCAAUGGGAAAUGUGUCGCUGUGCACCGGCCCUUUUAGGACCGAUAUGUCCGGACACGUCAAAGAGGAGAGAUUUGUAAUUAGAAGCAUCACCAAAGGGAUCACCUAUUACUAUGUCCCAGUAAGAGCGACAUGUUUCUCCAAAGAAUGUCAAUACUCAAGUUCAUCAGCAAUCAGCAAGCUAUUACCAGACACAUCUUCAGAAGACCGUCCUCUGCUGGUUUUCUUCUCAUGGCUUGGUGCACAACCUGGGCCCGUGGCUAAAUACAGGGACCUCUACCUGCAGAAGGGUAUGGACGUUCUUCUUGUCCAGAGCAAUGUUAUGCACUUCUUAUGGCCCAGGUGGGGUGUGGAGUAUGGUCUGGAAGUGCUUAAAAUUCUGGAGGAACCUCCCUUCUCAGGACGCACUGUUUUGAUCCAUGCCUCUUCGAUUGGUGGCUAUACUUUCUCUCAAAUUCUCACACACAUCGCUGAAGACCCUGAAAGGCAUGCCGCCCUGAGCCAGAGGGUCAAAGGACACGUCUAUGACAGUCUGGUGGUGGGCACACUGGAGCAUAUGGCUGUAGGUCUGGGGAAGACCCUGGUUCCAUGGUUGGAGGGUCUGAUUAAAAACACUGCACUUUUGUACUUCUGGCUGUUUAAGUCACAGACAGCAGACAUCUACAAGCACAGUAUCCAGGUUUUCCACAGCACGCCCAUCACUGCACCAGCUCUCUUCUUCUACUGUGAGAAUGACGCUCUGUGUGACCCCUUGAUGAUGGAGAAGAUCGUGGAGCUCUGGAGGAGGAGGGGCAUGGCCGUGCAGAGCAGGAAAUGGAAUGAGUCCAUACAUGCAGCGCACAUGAGGUGUCAUCCUGAAGACUAUCUGUCAACACUAGAGAGAUUUUUGGGCUCGCUCCAGAAGUCUCCUGUUAAACCGAAAAUGAUUGAUGCACAAGUUCAUAUUUAACAUGUUUAUAAUUAAUGUAAGAGAAAUAUAUUGUUUCUAACUAUUUAUCUUUUGUCCCUGUAUUUGUUUCUUUGUUUGUCUUGCUACAGUCUUAUUAACCAUGAAAUUCCUUCCCUAUUGUUAUUAGCACAUGCAACGAUGUUACAAA